UGGAAUUUGUAAAAAUACAUCAACAGUCAAAAAUAAGAAGUUUCGAAAAUUUCGUGAACGUUUUCUUUUGUUAAAACAUGGCCCAAAGCAUGUUGUAUCUCUUGAAAAAUCCAGCUAUCCAAACUCUGACUCGUCAUAAAGUCGUCUUCGACAAAAUUUCUAUUUGUUGCGCAUUUUCUAAAGUAGAUAAAUUAACAGCGUAAUAAAAGCAGUGAGUUACUAGUUAGCUAAGCUAGGUGAAACUCUUAACAUAUUGGAAUAUAUUGUCUUUUCUCAAUGGGAUUGUCCCAAUAAUUGUAAAUUACCCUUCAAAGAGUUUAAAACACGAUUCACAACAGUAACUGUUAAAAAUCCGCCAGAGAAGUGAUAGUAAGAUGUUAGAUGAAAGUCUGGAAAAAGAUGAAAUAAACACCUCUAAAUCAGUCCAAGGAUCAAGAUUAGAGGCUCAGCCAAAGAAGAAUAAAAAAGAAAGAAAAAAGAAAAACAAACAAGAAAAGAAACCGAUCCUUCCUGAAAAGGGAUGGCCAAAUGUAUUUUUAGCAUUUCAGAUAAGGAAUCCUGAAAUUCACAAGAAGCUUAUUAAUAUUCAGUACUCUGCUGUAAACAAAAAUAAGAAUUUGAUGAUUGGAUACGAGUCGAUGAAAAAAGCUCACGUGACCCUGUUUGUUGCAUACGUCGAAGAGGAUAAAAUGGAACAGUUUAAGGGAAUUUUGGAAGAAUAUUUCAACGGCAACCUGAAAAACAGAUUUACCGAAGAACCCUUUACAAUCAGUUUUCAAGGACUUGGACAUUUCAAGGACAAGGUCGUCUUUGGUCAGCCUGUAACGGGAGUUGAAACUAUUCAAAGAAUAGCGGAGGAAUUGAAGGAUCACUUGACAAAAGCUGGAAUAGAUGAUAAAGCUGUAUUUUCUGUAGAUUACUUGAUAAAAGCUAGAAUAGAUGUGAAAAAAGACGAUCAUCCUGUAAACCCUCAUCUUACAAUAUUCAAGUGCAAGAAGCAUUUACGGAAUAUUCCUCUUGAACUUUUUGAAGAAUAUAAAGAUUUAGAUCUAGGUGAAGGCAGUAUAACUUCUCUUCAACUGCUCAGUUUCAGAAAACCUAAAGAUGAAUUUGGAUAUUUUCAUCGUGAAGACGAAUACUUCUUUAAUACAGAAAGCUGGGGAUCAUGUUCACCAAGUGGGCCUCAUACAGAGUGUUGUGAAAAUGAAGAAAUGACGAAAUUCUUCCAAAAUUCCAAAAUUGAAGCUUUGGAAAAGAUGCCUUUUAAUCAUGAAAUCAGACUAAGCAACGUGCCUGUAAACACUAAGAAGUCUGACUUAGAAAAUAUGCUAAAGUCCUUUGGAAAAAUAUCAGAUAUACGCUUGGAUGAAGAUGCCAGUACUGUGUAUGUAAACUAUUGUAAUGAGUCUGACACUGCAGCAGCAAUAACAAGAAUAGACGGAUACGAAUACAAUCAUUGUAUUCUGAAAGCAGAAUUGGUUUACAGAGGUGACAGAAUAAAAUACAAGGAGAAGCAAGCUUUCUCAACAGAUUUUCAAAAUGUCAAGACAAAGGCCAAAAGAGGCAAAAAACUGAAGAAGGUUAACAACACAUUGCAGCAUACAAGUGCCAUUGGGUUGUCAAAUAACAGCACAUUGGAGAAAACAGGGGCCAUUGAGUCGUUAAAUACCAGCACAGGGGAUCAGACAAGUGCCGUUGAGUCGUCAAAUCAAAGCAGAGUAAACCAGACAAGUGCCAUUGGGUUGUCAGAUAACAACACAAAGGACUCUACACAUGCCAUUGGGACCACAAGUAACCACACAGACGAGGACACAAGUGCCGUUUAAGACAUUUGUUAAUGUGGCAACAAAGCUGGGGGACCAAAAGACCAAAAGUAUAAUGAAGUUUACAGACAUUUUUUUAUUUCAAUGCACUUUUUGAAAAGUUGAUGGGAAAGUUCCUGUGAUCUUGCCAGGCUACAUUUAUGUUGCAUAAAACGUGUUGGGUCGAUUUUACACUGGGUAGUCCAGACUGAACAGUACAUAUAGAAUUCCUGUUGUUCCAGCUCGGUUCAUGCUUACCUCAAAUUUGGUGAUUUGGUAAUUCAAACUUUGACAUAAACUUGAUUUAGUUGAAUUUAUAGUUUAAAAUGUCGAAGGAAUAUCGCUUCAGGUUGCACAGAUAUAAUGAGAAGAGUGUUUAGUUCCUUUAAUCUACAACUUUUGUAAAAAAACAUUUAUGAAUUUGCUUAAGUCAAAAUAUUUCCUGAUUUAAUUUAUGUUUUCUAUUUAUGUAAAGAAUUAAUACCAUAAAUGAAAAAUUAGAUACAUAACAUUUAAAAUUCGGUGAUGGUAAUGGACCAAACUUCUGUAGAGUAAAAAAGUAG